UGUGGGGCAGCGGCGAUGAGGAUCUGUGGGAGGACGAGGAGGAGGAGACGGCCCAGGAGCCUCGGAGCCGCUGCCUCUUCUGCGAGAGGCUGUUCAAUUCUGCUGAAGAUACAUUUUCCCAUUGUAAAUCAGAGCAUCAGUUUAGUAUUGACAACAUGAUUCAAAAGCAUGGACUUGAAUUUUAUGGAUAUGUUAAGCUAAUAAACUUUGUUAGAAUAAAGAAACCAACUGCAGAAUAUUUGAAUUCUCUGAGCAGCCCACUGCCUUGGGAAGAGGAGGAAUACUUGAAACCAGUGCUUGAAGAUGAUCUCUUACUUCAGUUUGAUAUCGAGGACAUUUCUGAUCCAGCAAAUGUUUCAUACUCUAGUGAGUUAAGUGACACCAAAUCUCUCCUUGAACGCUUACGACAUGCUGAACAGAGAGCAAAGCUUGCAGAAAUUGGUUUGGCCACAGCACAAGAAGAUCUUCAAAAAAUGAAACAAUUUGCACAGGAUUUUGUGAUGAACGCAGAUGUCAGAAGCAGCUCAUCAUCUAACGCCAUUGCGGACCUCCAGGAGGAUGAGGAUGGUGUUUACUUCAGCUCCUAUGGGCAUUAUGGGAUACAUGAAGAGAUGCUAAAGGACAAAGUGCGUACAGAAAGCUAUCGUGACUUCAUAUACCAAAACCCCCACAUCUUCAAGGAUAAGGUGGUUUUGGAUGUUGGGUGUGGCACUGGGAUACUCUCCAUGUUUGCUGCUAAAGCAGGUGCGAAGAAAGUGAUUGGAGUUGACCAGUCAGAAAUUGUUUAUCAGGCCAUGGACAUCAUUAGGUUGAAUAAACUUGAAGAUACUGUUACCCUAAUCAAAGGAAGAAUUGAAGAAGUAGACCUACCAAUUGAAAAAGUGGACAUUAUUAUAUCUGAAUGGAUGGGCUAUUUCCUUCUUUUUGAAUCUAUGCUGGAUUCUGUCAUUUAUGCCAAGGACAGGUACUUGGCAGAAGGUGGCUCAGUCUACCCGGAUGUCUGCACAAUUAGUCUAGUGGCUCUGAGUGAUAUGAAGAAGCAUACAGAUAAACUAACUUUUUGGGAUAAUGUAUACGGCUUCAACAUGUCCUGCAUGAAGAAGGCUGUCCUUCCAGAAGCUGUCGUGGAGAUCUUAGAUCCAGACACGCUUAUAUCUGAGGCCAGUGUCAUUAAGCAUAUAGAUUGUCACACAGCAUCCAUUCAAGAUCUGGAAUUUUCAUCAGAUUUUACCCUGAUAAUUACGAAGGAUACUCUGUGUACGGCAGUUGCUGGUUACUUCGAUAUAUUUUUUGAGAAGAACUGUCACAACAGGGUCUUGUUUUCGACUGGUCCCAGGAGUACCAAAACACACUGGAAACAAACUGUUUUUCUUCUUGAGAAUCCAAUUUCUGUAAAAAUAGGUAAAGCCUUGGAAGGAAAAAUAACAGUCCAGAAAAACAGGAAGGAUCCACGGUCCCUCAUUAUAACUCUUUCAGUGAACAAUAUAAAGCAGACAUACAGUCUGCAGUGAAAAGUGAGUUACACAUACAUCUCAUGUAACUGCUGUAAUCUGUAUUCUGGACAAGCAAAAAUGAUGCAUAUUUGGUUCCAGAUCAGAGUGAGUUUUAGUAGGAAUUGAUUGGCAUACAUUAUAGAGUGAAACAUGCAAUACACCAGUUCUGAGCCCCUUCCAUAGCUGGGAGGGGAGGGGAGGAAAGGAAAGUAUCUCUAAUAAAGCAAAUUGUUAGAAAAUGUCAGAUGCAAGUUUGACAAUAUUCUGACAAAGAAUGACAAAUAACAAACACUCAGUUUUAUUUAGAACAUGGUUUAUUCUUGCUGUGCCAGCUUACAACCCUUGCAACAAAAAAGAAGUCUUGUACAGUUUCUUAGCAUAGGUGAAACGAAAAGUCAAAUCAUGUCCAGAUUCUGUAUAGUUUUCAUUUGGAAACCCUUGGUGGACAGAAGUACUUCAGGAUUUGGCCACAUUCCUGUGUUGGUAAAGACUUUGUUUUUACAGCAUUUCUUUUACUCUGUGAAGUAUUAGCAAUAUUACAUUGUAUUUGUCAAAAAUAAACCAUCAAA